AUGCCGCACCUGCACUUGUCCCACCUGCUAAAAGUCUGGCUUUUACUACUGAGCCAGCUUCCCAGAGGGAUCCCAGCCCAGAACGAUGACAAGAUAAUUAAGGCUUGCAGCCGCGAGUUAGUCCGCCUACGUAUCCGGAUCUGCGGCUCUGUCUCCUGGGGGGAAAGGGCUCACCAGCAAGUGCGGGAACCUCGGCAGGCAUCAGAACCACUUGCAGAAGUCCUGCCAUCCUCCAUCAUCCAUACGAAAACCUUAAAUACAACGGUGGAACACAUUCCUAACUUGUCACAGGAGCUGAAGGCAGCACUGUCUGACAGGCAGCCAUCAAUAAGAGAGCUACGACUUGAUAUGGAAAGUUCAAAUCUUAAUUUGGAAGAAUUGAAGAAAGCUGUUCUUAGUGGACAAAAUGAAGCUGAAGACAAACGUCUUUCGGAAUUAGAAAACUCAGGCUUAGAUAAACAUUCCCGAAAAAAGAGACAGUCCUAUGUACACUUAAGUGAUAAGUGUUGUAAUUUAGGUUGUACCAGAAAAGAGCUUGCUGCACUAUGCUGAGAUGAAAGUAUUGUGUAUUUCAUCUAGUAUUUACAUGAUUCUUGAUGACACAUUCAGUGAUGCCUCUGUCACCCCACUGAUU